UCCGUACGCCGACUCGCCAGUCGCGCUCUCACCAACACACCACACACCACACCACCUCAUCAACACUACAACAAUGUCCGGACGCGGAAAGGGUGGAAAGGGUCUCGGCAAGGGUGGUGCGAAGCGUCACCGCAAGAUUCUUCGCGACAACAUCCAGGGUAUCACGAAGCCCGCAAUUCGUCGUCUUGCCCGCCGUGGCGGUGUUAAGCGUAUCUCUGGUCUCAUCUACGAGGAGACCCGUGGUGUUCUCAAGAUCUUCCUUGAGAACGUCAUUCGUGACUCUGUCACCUACACUGAGCACGCUAAGCGCAAGACCGUGACCGCGCUCGAUGUCGUCUACGCCUUGAAGCGGUCAGGCCGAACCCUCUACGGUUUCGGUGCAUGAUUGUCCUCUUCGCAUUCCGGUCUACGUGUUGUACUGUAUUGUAGCUUUAUACUAUCAGUCUAUCUAUUCGGUGUC